AUGAAAAUUAGAGAAGAUCCUGACGAUACCAUAAUUGAAUACGUCUAUCACUGGCUCUCUAUUAAUGCUUUUUUAAAUUUUAACAUUCCAAAACUUCAAAAAGAUAUUACCAUUCAAGAAAUUGAAAUCCUUAACGUCGACAAACAGCUCCCGAGUCCGACUAUUUUAAAGCUGCACUUUGAAACAAAACCCAUUAGCACAAACAGAUGCAAUUUGUUUUAUGAUAGCUACCACAUGGUAGUACCUGCGGAGCAAUGCCAGUUCUCAAAUGAAGAAUUAAUUGAAAUUACAACAAGAUUAUCCUCAUAUAUAUUUGAUAAUUCGCACAUCAUUUCAAAUGUUUUUGAUUAUGCAACUGGUUCUAAUGUAAUUGUGCUCAAUGAAAAAUCAAUUGAAUAUCUUUUUCAAAACAGAUUGUUAGAUCCCAUAUGUAGAUUGAUUUCUCCCACAAACAUUACUGGUUCUAACCAUGUAUUUUAUCAAACACUCAAAGUGUUAAAUCCAGUAAAACAAUCCAAAAAAUCUCAAUAUGAAAAAUUUAAAGUAAUUCCAGGCAUCACUUUAGUCAUUGGAGAAUCAAGAAAACCAGUUGUACCUAUUGAAAUUAAACUUCCAAAUCUCAAAAAAUACUUUUAUGAUUUCUCAUCGACAUUUUUUGAAACUAGCACAAUUAAUAAUAAGAUGCAAAACUUUAAAAAAGUUUUUUCUCAAUCUCUUUAUCAGACCCUUUUUAGCUGUUGUGAUGAUGGAAUUAUAUCUGAUUAUAAAAAUGUAUUCUUUUAUGAGAUUUUAUUUGAACAAUAUAAUGACAAUCAGGUGGCAGGGAUAGCAGAGGGAAAUAUGAUUGCUAAAGUUCCAAUUAAAUAUAAAAUGAUUUCGCUUAAAGAUACAAGUUUGGACAACCUUACACCUUCUACAAUACUAACAGCUUUCAUUUUGAAGCAUUUUCUUCGCCAGUCGCGUCGCAGUGACCGGGAACGGAAAGAGCAUCAAAACAAAUGCUUAACAAUGCUUAAAAAUUUGGCGAUUUCGCCAUCUCUUAACAGAAAAUUUAUAAAAGCAUUUUAUACCAUUCAAAAUCAAUAUGUAACUUUUAUUAAAAACUCAGAAACCGACAAUGCUAGUUUAAGGAUAAAUUCUGCAGAAGGAAUAUUAUUUAAAGCAUUGACAGAUAAAGUUAUUUGUUGCCCGAGCGAUGUUUUUCUCAAAAAUGUCACAACAAUUAUUCAAGGUGACAAGCCUAACUAG